AUGGCACAAUACAAGCCGAUAGAAGCAACUUGGGUCGCUACCCCGUACCUCGUCCACGGCAAGGCAGAGCAGUAUCUGCGCAUCCCAUGCGCGGCGCUCGUCUGGUACUUCUUUUUGUCUGGCGCAAUCGCGCCGUUUCUGCGCAUCACGGACGAGACGGCUGUGGCGUCGCGCCAUUUCAUUGGGUGGCACCUCUUUAGAUGGGUUCGUGCGUACCUGUGCGCGAAUGGAGUGUUUAUGGUGACGUUGUUCCUUGUAGAGAAUAUACGGUGCCUCAUUGCUCCGGGGCCUAGGCAGCUGUCUUUGGCGGACGACUACCAGGAUGGGUACCCGACAAAGGUGGACAAAAUGACCGCCUUCGAGUACGACACCCCAGCUGACACGUAUGAGCGUGUGAAAAUGUUCGGUUUCAUGGUAAGCGGCGUGGCCUUUGUGCGCAUCUUCGCCGCGACAACAAGUAUCUUCCUAGGCCUCUUCACGGCUAGUAUCGCGGGCUACCUCGACCGCCACGCGCAUCCUUGGUGGUUUGGCUUCUGGUCUAGGGUGACGGCUUUUAUCUCUAUUGUGGCCUUCUCCGUGCUCGGCUUGUAUAACGUUCAGCAGUACGGCCAGUUUUCCACCUGCUCGGAGUGCAAGAUCCUCAUUGCAAACCAUAGCUGCGUCAUAGAGGUGAUUUGGCUCUACAUCAUGGGCGGCUUCCCGUCCUUCGUCUCGCGCAAGGAGAACCUCUCCUUUCUCUUCUUCGGCAACGUUGUCCGCGGGAGCUCGAGCAUCUUAGUCGACCGAGAUGCAGCGACGUCACGAGAGCAGGCCAUGACGACAAUCCUGCGACGCGCCGGCGACCUCGCAGCGCCGCAGCUGAUGAUCUUCCCUGAAGGGACGACAGGGAAUCAGCAAGCCCUGUUCAUGUUCAAGAAGGGUGUGUUCGAGGCUGCAGUACCGGUGCAGAUGGUGUGCAUUGCUUUCCCCUACAAGCACUUCAAUCCUGCCUGGACGGGGCGCGGUGUUGGUGGCAAUGGCCUGUGGGAUAUUUUGCUUCGGCUUAGUUGCCAGUUUGUGAACUACGCUGAGGUGCGCCUUCUCCCUGUCUAUCACCCGACCGAGGAGGAGAGGAGGGACCCGAAGCUGUACGCCAGCCACUGCCAGAGAAUGAUGGCAACGGUGCUGCGAGAGAAUAUCAGCGACGCCUCGUUCAGCGACUACAAGGAGGCAUUCCGCCACUUCGCGGAGCUCAAGAAUCGGUGA